UCAAACCUUUUACUUGUUACAAUAAUAAAGACACAAAGGCAACUCCUUUCUAAAGAACAUCUUCUCCCGAAUUCCACUGACCAAAGAGGAGAUGGUUUGUGGCACAGUCCUCUCAGGGCCGAGAUCUCCCCUUCCCAUUCUGAUGCUUCUCCUCUCAGGAAAGCUAUGUUGGACACUGAAGAUGCAGUGGGUGCCUACGUCUGUGCUGGCGUCCCCGGGGGACGAUGUGGAGCUGCAGUGUAAAUAUGAAAAAGAGAAAUCACAGAAUGUAGAUGUGACCUGGAUUCAGAUCAAGUGGUGCCAGAACAUAUCAGUCACAGUCAAUAUAGCAGAGAGCGAGGCAAACCUGACAGGGAGGAUUCAAAUCUACCAGGAGUUUUUAUAUAUCAAUAAUACGCAGAAGAACGACAGUGCACUAUAUCAAUGUAAAGUAACAUUGGGGCAUAAGACUUACAAGUCCUGUGGGACAUACCUGAGGAUACAAGAGGCAGAGUCCUACGCUUUCUUUAACAUUGGCGAAACCACAAAGAACAGACUCAUUACAGUGGAAGGAGUUCUGCUUCUCCUGUGUACAAUCAUUCCGGGGACUUUCCUUCUGUAUAAGAAGCGCUGGGAAAACCGGAGUAUAUUAAAUAUGUCACAGACCGGAGAUAAUCUUUAUGAGGGUCUGAACCUUGAGCAGUGCUCCAUAUAUGAGGACAUCACUCGUGGUCUGCAGGCCACAUAUGAAGAUGUUGGCUCCUUGCGGGGCACUGAUAUUCAACUGGAGAAGCCAUAACUGGGCUCCAAGUGCAGGCCGACGUUAGUAGUAAGAGCCCCUUUCACCACUGCCCAUAGCAAAAAGUGGUGCAACUCUUUGUUCUGCAUGUUAGAAAAAACUCCCUUAUUACAUUGCACGAGAGAUAGAAAGGUUCUUUCACUCAGAUGCUCAGAAUGUAGAGUUAACCUCACUUUUGGUUAGCAUGGAUGUGUAUACAAUGUUGCUUCUAUGCCGAGUGCUUUUGCAGGGGUACAAAUGUGUUGGUAAGUCACACACAAUAAAUUUAGGAAAGGAUUGAUUAGGAUCCAGUUCUUCGUUACAACAGAGUACCAUGUGCAGCUCUUUUCUUCACCAUUGUCAGCGUCUCCCUAUAAAAGGAGCCUUCUGGCUUUCCAUAUAGCACCCAGCCACGCUCAGAAGACAGACAGACUAAGAAAUAAUGGGCUUAUAUCUAUUAUCAGCUUUGUGAAUCUUGACUGUAUUUAGGAAGAUAUUUUUUUUUUUUUAAUUUUUCUGGCUUAAUAAAACCUUUUGAAAACUGA